UUAUCUUUUAUCUCCUCCCCAAGACCGACCGAGACUCGACUUCAUCCGACCGAGCCGGAGAACCACCAUGACUGAAUCAAGCACACACGCUGAAAAUUCCUCCCAGGAUGGUCUCAACCGCCAGUAUAGCUGGUAUGAGCCCGACUUGGCGCAGAUCAAAGAGCCAGCGCGCACUAUACUAGUCGAGUACAGCAAGAUUCCAGAAGAGAAGAUCAUCGAUCAUGUCAAACAGGUGAGGGAUCGCGCAUUCGCGGUGUUCCCAUACCCCUGCAUCGGCUCAUUCCGGUUCCUCGACAUAACCAUCUCGAACUCCCCCGCAUACCCCGAGAUCAUGUCCCGGUUGAAAGCCACCGACACCUACCUAGACUUAGGAUGUGCCAUGGGCCAAGAUAUCCGAUACCUCAUCUCCCAAGGCGCCCCCCAAUCCCAAAUCUACGGCUCGGACCUCCAUCCCGAAUUCAUCUCCCUGGGAUACGACCUCUUCGCCGACCGGACCAUCCUCCACUGUCCAUUCAUCCCCAGCGACAUUUUCGACGACAACAGCGAGCUCUUCCACCGGCUGGGCGGUAAAGUAGACAUUAUCAACGCAGCCUCCUUCUUCCAUCUCUUCGAUUGGGAUGGGCAGGUCGCUACUGCUAAGCAGAUCGUCAAGUUACUGAAGCCGAAGCCUGGGUCGAUCGUGGUGGGUCGGCAUGUGGGUGAUUUCACGGCUGGGGAACGCGCAAAGGGGGAUUCGGAGUUGAAAAUGACCAUGUAUCGGCAUGAUUUGGAGUCGUGGAGGCGGAUGUGGCAGCAGGUGGAGAGGGAGACGGGGACGCGGUGGGAGGUGGAGGUUACGGCGGAGGAAUGGAAGGAUGUGAGGAAGAUUGCGCAUAAUGGGGAUACGGCGUUUAAGAUGCAGUUUGUUGUGAGGAGGGUGUAGUGAUUCCGUGUGCAAGAAGGAGGAUGGAUGUUUAUUUUGGGUGAGAAAGGAAGUCGUUGCAGCUAAGUGGGAUAAUUAAACAAGAAGUCAGGAAGAAGAUGGAAAAUAAAAUAAAAUAAAGAAAUCGAG